AUGGUGCUCCCUCUAUUUAUCAUUGGUACAAUCACCGUGGGUACAGUCACUGGCUACGGCAUGUAUCAGACAGGUGCAAUGCUGGCGCUUCCAUCCGCGGCCAACGAAGCCCCUCCCAAAAGCGCUAGUAGCCUCGCGAUUGGCGGGAUCUCAGCGGUGGCCACAUACUCAGCUCAAGGACGAGUCCUCAAUCGGUACUUGUCACAUUUAUUGACUUAUGAAGUUCCUACAAAUGUAACAGCGUGGAAUGUCCGCGACUUUCUUCGCAUCGCUGGGCCUCUUGUGGCCCCACGUGUAGCCAUGUUUUCGACGUCGGUAGCGGUCAUGGGCUUUGUAUCCACUAAAGAGGAUCUGUUUCGGGAACAUAAUAAACGUUAA